AUGAGAACUUACAGAUGGCCAUUCAAUUCUCCAUUUAUUGUGCUCGAUGUUUUUCUGCACUGUAAGCCUACACCACCGCCACAAGGAGGGGCAUACUGCUGCCGUCCGUCGCACUCAAAGUUCGCCAUCCGUCAUCUAGCUUCCCUCGUGCUCCAAGUCUUCAACCCCUGUUCGCUGUCACCGAGCGCGGUUGCUUCCUCGAGCUCGGCGUCCGUCGUCUUUGUCUGCUCAGCCACGCUUCCGUCGCUGUUUGUUUGCCGUUCACGUUCGCGUCUUCGUUCGCGUUCUUCGUCGUUCGCGUUCGCUCGGCGUUCACCGUUCGCGUUCACUCGUUGUUCACCGUUCGAGUUCGCGUUCGUCUGGAAGCCACGUUGCUCUGCUUCAAACUCUGCGACCAACCCGCGUGCUCCACUCGUCGAACUGCUCUCUGUUGUCCCCGCCGAUCAAGAUUGUUAUGAGCUUUCAGCUGAGUAUGAAAGGAAGCAUAAGACUGAGAAGUUGGAGGAACUUGGGAAUAUGCUAACUGGUCUUGAUGCUGGGGAUUCUAUUGUCAUUGCCAAAUCAUUUUCCCACAUGCUUAAUUUGGCUAACUUGGCAGAAGAAGUUCAAAUUGCCUACCGAAGAAGGAUUAAGCUAUUAAAGAAGGGCGAUUUUGCUGAUGAGAACUCUGCCAUCACUGAAUCUGACAUUGAAGAAACCUUCAAGAGGCUUGUGACUGAACUGAAAAAGUCCCCACAGGAAGUGUUUGAUGCUUUGAAGAAGCAAACUGUAGAUUUGGUCCUAACUGCUCAUCCCACUCAGUCCGUUCGUCGAUCUCUGCUGCAAAAGCAUGGAAGGGCUGGAAGGAUACCAUAGUCAAGCAAGAUCAGUCUCAUGAGAACCAAUCAGAUAUGAGAAGAAGAAGAAGAAGGCUAUUGCUAUUUUUUAAGGCCUUUAGGCAUAUCUAUCUAGAGUGGAAGCAUGUUAUGACAUUUCCUUUUUUUUUUUUUUCUAUCUUUUAGGUGAUUAUUCUUUACGUGAGAACUAGUUCAGGAACACAAUAAUCUAAUAUAUUAUUCUUUAUUAUUAAAGUUUAAGGGGCAGAACAUCUUUUAGUUAAUAAUAUCUGUUACAUAGUGCUAAAACUAUGUGGUUCAAUGAUUGUGAACUAGUAGCAUAUAUGUGUUUUAAAUUGGGAGGAAUCCAAUGAUUGUAUUUAUUUUUUCA